AUGUCUUCUGACGCUGAUAGUCCUGACUAUAUCAGCCUGACGCUCCCUUAUAAAGUAUCAGGCGGAAAGCCCAUUCUUCUCGACCUAUACAUACCGGCACACACCACGUCCACCGAGAGCGACAUCGAUGCCAAAGGUAGUGCGGGCUUACCUUCUGUGGUUUACUUCCAUGGUGGAGGCUUGACCGUCGGGAACAAAACGUCCUGGUUUCCACACUGGCUUCAAACACGCCUCAAUAAAGCGGAAGUAAUCUUCAUUUCGGCAGACUACAGGCUCAUACCCCCCGCAACUGGACAUGACAUCCUUGCCGACGUCGUCGACCUGUUCGAGUUCCUCUCCACUCGGGCGAAUGAUCUCUUACACCAACACCUACCCGACACGACUACUCGACUAGACCCGGAUGCCAUGGCGGUGGCCGGGACAAGCUCGGGUGGCUUAUGUGCCUAUCUCGCUGCUAUGCAUGCUAGGCCAAAGCCAAAAGCUGUUCUGUCCAUGUACGGCAUGGGAGGCGACUUCUUGACGCCUCAAUACCUCGCAGUCAAAACCGAACCAUUCUUCCGGGGUAGAGAAAUGCUUGAUCCUGCGUCGUUCGGUCAAUAUACAUACCCAAAAAUGCAAUCCGGAAGGAAGUCUGGCUCACCACGAUCAGGGGACGAAGAAGCAAUGAUCAGCGAUUCGCCACUGGCUUAUCACCCGGCUACCUCACCUACGCCUGGGUAUCCCGCCAGUCCUCGUAUGCAGCUUACCCGGCUGUAUUUACAAUUGGGUGUCUUCCUGGACUAUUACACUGGAUGCCAUGAGCCAAGUCUCAGCGCCCAGCUUCGGGAGGCGCUGACGAGCUCAAGUGACGACGAUGCUCACUUAGAAGCCCACAUGAGGUCCCUGAUCCCAGAUGAACACUUGUGCCUCUUCCCGCAGUUCGACUCUUUGAAUGAAUGGCCGCCAGCACUGUUGGUCCAUGGAACGUCUGAUACAGCUGAUAAGAUUCGGGAAUCCGAGCACCUGCAUGCACUCCUUCAAGGCGCUGGAGUCGACGUUAUCCUGAAGCAAGUUGAGGGAGAGGAGCAUUCCUUUGAUUAUCAGGCCGAUGCAGAAGAGAGGUUUGGGCGCAUCAUGUUUGACGACGUUGCCGAAUUCCUUGUAAAGCGCCUGCAGCUGGGCGCUUAG